AUUUCUCAAUAUUGCAGGGAAGGAUUCAUUUUCUGCUUAAACUCCAUAGCUGUAUCCAAAGUUGAAGUUUAUAUAUUUUAUGUAUGUGUAUCUUAACUUCUAAACUGGUACAAAAAUCAAAAUAUAGAAUAUUUUUAAUCAUCAAUUGACUAACUACCUCGAUUAGAUUUCAAAAAUUUCCAUACUGAAAUAAAUUCUAUUAAAAUGUAUUCGCGACUUAUUCAAUUACUUAAUAAUGUUUUUGGCCACCGGGAAGAAGAACAAGCGUAUACUCCUAUCCUGAAUCAUGAAGGUUCUUCACAAGCAAGAGAAGACGUGCCUCCCAGAGAUAAUUAUCGAAUUGUGUAUUUGACAUUUUUAUUACAGGGUGUUACCAUGCUUUUGGGAUGGAACGGUAUAGAAUAAUGAUAUAUUUUUCGUGGUUCAGCAUACGAAAAUAACUUCCAAAACUACUUUUCCAUUGUAUUCACAAGUUUUAAUUUUUUCUUUCUUGGGCUUGCCUUAUAUACUCAUAAUUUGGAAAAUAUUCCUCGCCGAAUAA